CUGGCAUAAGAGGAUUAAAUGCUCUCAUUCAUCAUAUUCCAUCAAUGAAAUAUACUCAAUUUGGCGAAUCUACUUAUUUGCCUUCAACUCGUAAGCCGUUGGGAGGAGGUGUAGAACUAUGGAUGGGGUGGUUUGAAAGUGUAAGGCCUGGUCAAGAUAGUUAUUUCGUUAACGUCAAUACAACUUAUACCGUAUUUUAUGAACCUGGUAUACUUUCAAAUUUGAUUACAAAAUAUCUCAAUCUCCAAUCGGGUGUCAUUCCAGAUCGUUUUAACCAACAAGAAAACGAUAGAGUAACUGAGCUCAUACGUGGUUUACAAUUUAAAUCUAUUCAUCGUCCUCAAAUUGAAACCAGGUUUAAAAUCAAAAGGCUUUGUCCAAAAAAUGCCUAUGAUGUUAUAAUUGAUAUGCCAGAAUCUAGCGAGAAAAUUAAUAUUUAUACGUAUUUUCAACGUCGCUAUAAUAUUACUUUACGUUAUUUACACCUUGUUGAACUUGAAGGGCGUCGAAACGAUAAAGUUCCAAUAGAACUUUGCAAUGUUAUUGAGGGACAACGAUUCCCCGUUGCAAAAUUAACAAGUGCCCAAAGAGGAACAAUGAUUAAACAUACCGCUUUAUCACCUCAAGAAAAUGUAAAACGAAUUAAUGAAGGCAUUCAAAAUGUUUUACAGUUUGGAAAAGAUUUUAAAUUAAAUAGCUUUGGGAUGGUUGUUGAGGAACAAAUGGCGGUUAUUCCUGCUCGCGUCUUAAGAGCACCGCAAAUUUCAUAUCACUCCUCUUCCAGAGCGGGUGGAACUGUUAAACCUAGGGAAGGUGGCUGGAAUUUAAAAGACCGUAAAUUUGUACGAAGUGGAGAUACUCUUCGUUAUUGGGUUGUAGUCGCGUUUAUUGAUCAACGAAGAUUAACUCUUAGCAAAGCGAAGCAAUUUGUGAAAGAACUUGUCAUUACUAGUCGACAACAAGGAUUGGAUAUUGCGGAAGGCAACCCUAGAGUUAAUUAUAUCAGGCCUCACGGUGAUGCGCAAACUUACCAACGAAUGAUUGAGCAAGAGUAUGAAAAUGCUGAAACUCAUUUUCAAAAUGAUUUGCAGCUUAUGCUUUUUAUUCUUCCAGAUGAUGAUGAAAAGCGUUACAGAGCCAUAAAAUAUACUACCGACACCAUUCUUGGUGUUCCUUCGCAAUGUGUUCAACUUGAGAAGGUGCAAAAAAAAAGCAAACAAUAUUGUGCAAAUGUAGCACUCAAAAUUAAUUUGAAGCUUGGAGGGACGAAUCAAUCUAUUGAGGAAACCGAAAUUCCCGAAUUAUCAAAAGGGCCGGUUAUGUUGCUUGGUGCAGAUGUUACUCACCCUACCGGUGGACGCGCCGGACCUUCGAGUAUACCUUCAAUCUGCGCAGUUGUUGGUUCUCUUGACCGUCAAGGUGGACGAUUCAUCUCCAAGCUUGAAAGUCAAAAAACAAGACAAGAAAAAAUCGAAAAUAUGGGUGGCAUGGUUAAAGAAAUUUUGAAAGAUUACCGUGCAAAGAAUAAUAUUUUGCCUCAAGGAAUGAUCAUGUAUCGUGAUGGUGUAUCAGAAAGCCAAUUUGAGAUGGUUUUGACUCAUGAACUUGAAAAAAUCAAAGGCAAACGACAUCACACUCGAUUUUAUCCACAACAAGUCCGUGAUGCUGAUAGCAAAGGAAAUUGUGUAGCUGGCACUGUUGUAGACAGUAGAAUAACGCAUCCAUAUUUAUUUGAUUUCUUCUUACAAUCACAUACAAGUUUACACGGAACUUCUCAUCAUGUCCUUUUUGAUGAAAAUAAAUUCACAGCCGAUAAACUGCAAAAUUUAACACAUAAGCUUUGUUAUAAUUAUCAACGUGCUACCCGUUCAGUUUCCAUUGCACCAGCAGCUUAUUACGCACAUUUGGCAGCUAAACGAGCUCGGUUGCAUCUUGAACAACAGCCACGUGGAGAGCCCGAAUUUGUAUUAAAAGAAACAACACAAUGUAUUUUAUUUAAUCAUUUUUCUGAGGAAUUUUCAUCUCCGGAAUAA